GCAUCCCACACACUAAUUGCUGCUCUUUUUUUCUUUUCUUCCCAAGGCAGCAGCUUCUGCUGGAGCAAGUGCUGGUGGGGGUGGGCUGUGGGGAUGGUUUGGGAGAGAAUGGGGUCAGUGACAGGCAAAGAGCACAGGAAUGCUCCCCCUGGGGCCAUUGCAGCCCGGCACAGGGAUGGAUGGGGUCGGAAUGGAUGGGGUCGCUGUGCCAGGCUGCGGUGCAGGUCACUCCAGGGCCACCUGCCAGCCUUGUCCAGGGCACCUCGUGGGAAGCACUGGCUCUGUGGGGAUGGGUGUUUGCAGCACUGGGAGUCGUGGUGGUGUCCUAACUCCUGAAAUGUGAGGUUUCCUUCCCCUGCUCCCACAGUGCUGUGGGAAUGGCUCUGGUUUGGGGGCUUGUUCUUCAGAAAAACCCCAAAUUCCUCAUCAUGUCUCAGCAAGUCAUGUGGACUGAUGGUAUUCCCCAGUUUUCUUGCUGCUCAGUGUCCACGUUCUUUCUUUUUCCCUCUGCAUUUUGGUUCUCCCCUUUCCCCAUGCAGCGCUGGGUUCUUCCCCCUUCUUUCACCAACACUUUUAUCAAGGCUCAGUUUGGAUUUUCAGUCUGGUUCAUGGAGAAAUGUGAGUUCAGACUCAGCGGGCCUGAAGUGUAGGGAGGAGCUCAAGUGUAUGCUUAAACCCUUCAGAUCCUGGUUUGGUUUAAGUGCUUUGCAGCCUCUAGCUCAGUAGGCAUUUGGGAGCUUGGCCUGGAGUGCAUCCAGUGUGUCACCCCCAGGGAGGGACACUGGGAUGCCACUGAGUGUGGAGAGCAUGGCUCUGCUGCCAUGGGACCUGCCACGGCUUUGGCAAUUCCCUGGAAGAGGGACAAGCCAGAGAGCACACGUGUGCCCACAAGCACGUGUGUCUGAGCUAGCUCCCAGUCACUCUUGUUCUGCUCCAGGGCCCUGGCACUCACUGCCAGCCGCAGGUGCUGCUCCUCUGGGGCUGAACGCUCUGUUUUGGGUGUUUCAGCCAGCGCUGAGCCUUCCUCACCUUCCCGGUGCCAGCACAGUGGGGAAGGCCGCUCCGAGGGGAAGCGUGUGCGUGUUCCUGUGCUGAUGGGACCAUUUGUGUGUGUGCCAGUCCCACCAGUGACACCGAGAGCUUCUGGUGGUGCUGAUGAGGUGCUUGAUGGGAUCCCCAUGUGCGGUGCUGGGGCUGUUGCACAGCCUGACCUGCCCUCAGCACCGCUGUCACCACUGCUGUCACCGUGCCACUGUCGCUUGUGCCACCACAGCCGAGCCCCAGCUGAGCUUUGCAGGGCCCUAAUCCCAUUUCCCUUGUGUCUCUUUCAUCUCCAGUCGGACCAGGAGAGUGGUAAUAGACCUUCUUACUAAAUUAAAUGUGCACGCUGCUCCUCAAGGCACGGUGCGGCUCAACCUUAGUUGAUCCCCCAGCCACAGCAGUAUGGUGCCUCCGGGGAAAAAGCCAGCUGGGGAAACUUCCAAUUCCAAUAAAAAGUGCAAGCGCUAUUUCAAUGAGCACUGGAAGGAGGAAUUUACCUGGCUGGAGUUUGACUAUGAGAGGAAGCUCAUGUUUUGCACAGAGUGCCGGCAGGCGCUGGUGAAGAACAAGCACGGUAAGGCGGAGAACGCCUUCACCGUGGGCACGGACAACUUCCAGCGCCACGCGCUGCUGCGGCACGUCACCUCCGGGGCGCACCGCCAGGCGCUGGCCGUCAACCGCGAGCAGCUGGCCUUCGACACGCGUGUCCACGGCCACCCCGAGCUGCGCCCGCUCAUCAAGGUGGAGGUGAACCCCGCCAAGGUGGCCGUCCUCACCACGGUCUACUGGAUGGCCAAGGAGGAGAUCGCGGAUGAGAAGUGCUCCUCCCUGCUCAGCUUCCAGAAGUUCAACCUGUGCCAGGCGCUGCUGGCCUCGGAGCACAGCGAGUUCUACCAGCCUGGCAGCGUCAGGGAGAUGCAGGCAGCCAUUGCCAAAGUCCUCCACAACGAGGACAGGCACAGGAUCAAAGCCUCGCCGUUCAUUGGGCUGGUGGUGGACGAGACAGUGGACGUCCUGGAGCACCGCAGCCUCGCCGUGUUCACCACCACUGUCUCCCCCUGCAACGGGCAGACCUCCACCACCUUCCUGGGCAGCUUCGAGCUGCCUGCCGGGGAGGCCUCCACUGUGGCAGGCAAGGUGGGCGAGGUGAUGCGCUCCUUUGGCAUCCCCACCAUGAAGCUCACCUGGCUCAGCGCCGACAGCGCCUCGCUGGUGGCCGAGCGGCUGAGCGGGGUGGGGACGGCGCUGACCUCGCUCUGCCCGCUCCUCACUGAGGUGCACUGCCUGUCCCACGGCACCUCCCUGCUGCUGGCUGAGAGCAUCAGCACCAUUGAGUACCUCCAGAAGUAUGAGACCACUGUGGAUGCUGUGUAUAGGCUCUACUCCAGCUCCCAGGGGGAAGGGAGUAGCCUGCAGGAGCUGCGGAGAGUCCUGGACCUCUGUGAGAUAGACCUCGGGAGCCCCAAAGCCAUCCACUGGACUUCAAUCUUCCCAGCUGUAGAAGCCAUUGACUCCUCAUGGCCCACACUGGUGCUGCUGCUGGAGAGCCAGGCGGAGCGCUCACCCGUGGCCCGUGGCCUCUGUGAAGAGCUCAAGAAGUUCCAGUUUGUGGCCUUCACCAAGAUCCUCCUGGAUGUCCUCCCCAUCUUCCAGAAGCUCAGUCGUUUCUUCCAGAUCGAGGAUUUUGACCUCUCCAUCUUGAAGCCCAUAGUCUCAGCCACAGCCACCACUCUGCAGGCCCAGCAGAGCACCAGUGGCCAGAACCUCCGGGAGUUCCUCAGUGAGAUGAACAAGCACCCCCAGGACGCCCGGGAGGGCGAGAGCCGCCUCUACUACAAGGGUGUUGAGCUGGCCAACUGCUCCCAAGUGCACCUGAAACACUUUGAGCACCUGAAGGACAGCUACCUGGAGAGGGUGCGGGGCAACCUGCUGGACAGGUUCCCCAGCAGCGUCCUGGAGGCCAUCAGCUCCUUCUCUGCCAUCUUCAACCCCAAGUGCUACCCCCAGUCUCUGGAGGACAUCGGCAGCUAUGGGGUCAGCGAGCUGAACUUCCUGCUGCGGGUGUACUCACGGGUGGUGGUGAGCGAGAGGGCCCUGAGCGACUUCCCCCUCUUCAAGCGCAUCGUCUUCAGCCUCAGCCAGCUCUCCUUCAAGGACCUCUGUGUCAAGCUGGUCUACAGCAGCUCCGAGAUGCACGAGCUCUUCCCGGACUUCGCCGUGCUGGCAGCUAUUGCGCUGGCCUUGCCGCUGGGCUCGGCCCUUGCCGAGAAGAUCAGCCGGGGCCGGGAGCUGCUGAGGCGCGGCCGGUCGCGGCCUGCCAAGGCCGAGGCGCUCUCUGACCUCAUGAAGAUCGCCCUGGACGGGCCGGCCAUCAGCGAGUUCAACUUCGCCUUGGCCAUCGAGUACUAUGAGAGCAUGAGGGAGCCCGGGUUCAUCGUGGCGCCGGUGAAGUGAGCGUGGCUGGUGUGGCUCCUGGGGCAGGAGCCGGGGCCUGCGGGCAGCCCCCAGGGCCACAGCGCUGCCUUUCCACAUCACCGGUCACUGCUGGGCAGCUGCAGGGCAUGGUGACCUCUCUGUGCUGGGAAGAGAAACAGGAUCCUUUGCAAAGCCAUGCUGGUCCCGUGACCAUCCCUCCCUCAUGCCCCAAACCUCUCUUUGAAUAGCCCAGAAUUCAGAGUCCUGGGGCCACCUGAGCUCCCAAAUUGCCAUGAGUUUUUUCCAAGGGUUUGUCAUCAUUUUGUUUUAGGGAGAUGAAGGCAAAGCUCUUGAGCUCAAAUGUCACGUUGCCUUUGCACAAAGAUACCCAGCAGCUUUUGCUUAAUGCUCUGCAAAAAUAUGGGAUUUCUGCUACUCUGGAGCCUGGAGAGGGAAUGCAGAAAAGGCAGCGCAUCCUCCGAGCUCUGCGCCGACCCCAACAUGCCUGGCGGUGUCGUGUUGGUGUUCCUUGCACACAGCACAGGGUAUUUUUAGCAGUGGCAUCAAGUCAUGAUCAUUUCAAGAGCAAGAGAUUUAGGGAAUGAUAUUGUAAUGGCUGAGGAAAUGUAACUUUAAAUGUAUCAUUGUGUACAUAUGUGUAUGUGUGUAUAUAUAUAAAUAUACAUAUAUAAAUAUCUAUAUUAAAAAGGUCUAUCUUAAUUUUCCUAAAG